AUGGCCGCCGCUUCUUCAUCCUCAUCGUCCACCUUUCAAUGGAAUGUAUUCUUGAGCUUUAGAGGAAAAGACACACGGAAUAACUUUACAUCUCAUCUCUAUGCUGCUCUAGAUAAGGAAGGGAUCAAGACAUUCAAGGAUGAUGAGAAACUGAAAAAAGGAGAGCUCAUCUCUGAUGCGCUCAAAAAGGCAAUCAAGAAAUCAAGGUUUUCCAUUAUCAUAUUUUCAAGGAACUAUGCUAAUUCCAGAUGGUGCCUAGAAGAACUCGCUUGGAUUAUGGAACGCUGGGAAAAGCAUGGACAAAAGGUUUUUCCAGUUUUUCUUUCGGGUGUCAAUCCAUUGGACGUAGAGAACCAGAAGGGUGGCUUUGGAGAGCCUUUUGAUGAGCAUGAAAAACACUUCAGCCGAGAGAUGGUGGAACGGUGGAGGUCAGCCUUGAGAGUAGCUGCUCAACUCUCGGGAUGGAGCUUCAAAGAUUUUGGGAACGAAGACAAGUUGAUUAAAAUGAUAGUGAAAGACAUCUCUGGAGCGUUGAGUGGGGCUCCUUCUCCAAAGCCUGUGAUAGAGAUCCCAACCGAGCCAAUAAUAGAGAACCAGCCAUCAACCCAACGCAAGCUGCAGCAGAUGCUUGAUUGCAUACAUGAUCCUGAUCCACGUUUUGGCAUCAUUGGAGUAUAUGGAAUGGGGGGAGUGGGUAAAACUACCCUGGCUAGAGAAGUAAACAAUCACUUUGAAAAAGAUAUGGCCAGAGGAUUGAAGAUACCAUUUGAGAUUGUGAUAAUGGUCACAGUAUCUGCCACUCCCAAUGUACAAAGCAUUCAAAACGAAAUCGGUGACCGCCACGGAUUAAACGAUAAUAGGGUUAAUGCAUUGUUGAAAGAAUUAAAGAAGAAGAAAUUUCUCUUAAUUUUUGAUGAUGUGUGGUGCAAGUUAAAGCUGGAGGAUAUAGGAAUCCCUCACCCCCGAACCCACAAAGGGAGCAAGAUUCUUGUGACAAGCUGGAGUAAAGAUACCUGCACUGAUAUGGGUGCUAGAAAAACCAUAAAAAUGCAUCCCUUAUCAGAAGCUGAAUCAUGGAACCUCUUUUUUGAUGUAGCUGGUGAACAUGUUGCUGCCGAUGGUAUAAAGUGUUUUGCCGAAAAAAUUGUUGGAAGAUGUAAGGGUCUCUCUCUCGCAAUUGUCACUGUCGCCCGUGCAAUGGCAAACCAAGUUGGGGUCGGGGAGUGGGCAAAUGCAGUAAGGGAAAUUGAGCAAUCAGCCACAGAGAUCCGAGGUAUGAAGGAAGAAGUAUUUGUUCCUUUAAAAUUCAGUUUUGAUAGAUUGGAAAACGAUAUGCUGAGGAGUCUAUUUCUUUAUUUUGCUUCUUUUCCUGAAGACUAUGACAUAGGUGAAGAUGAGAUGUUAAAUUUUUUGGUUGAAGAGGGAUUAGUAGAUAAAUUAGGUAGUUUGACAGCUGCCAGGAAUAAAGGUGAGGCUCUGAUAAGAGGCUUGAAAAUUGCUUGCAUGUUGGAACGUGGAAGGCAUGAAAAUUGUGUGAAGAUGCAUGAUGUGAUACGAGAGCUUGCACUUUGGAUUACAUCUGCGAAUUCCCAGUUUGAUAGUAGCCCUCCCAAGUUCUUAACAAGAAGUGGUGAAUCAGUUAAAGAGGCACCACGGGCUCUUGAGUGGCUGAAUACAAGAAGGAUUUCGUUCAUGUAUACUCAGAUAGAGAAGUUUCCGGAGUUGGGAGAGAGGUGUCCAAAUCUAAUCAAUUUGCUAUUGAGGCAGACUGAGAUCUGCAUUGUUAUUCCCCCAACAAAUUUCUUGCAAAACAUGGAUCGUCUUACCAUACUUGAUCUUUCCCACAGUAUAUUGGAAUCUCUACCAAAUUCCUUGUCAUGUUUGGUGAAUCUUCGGGUGCUUAGGUUACAGGAUUGUCACAGCUUGACAUCAUUGCCUGCACUGGGAAUGCUCCGACAGCUCCAAGUUUUAGAUUUGAAUUGGUGUAUUGGAUUAGACCAACAAAUCCUUGGAUCAUCUGAUCAAUGCAUGGGAGGUUUAAGUAAUUUAAGAUACUUGGAUGUGGUACAUUCCACAGUUUCUAUUCCAGUGGGGCUAAUAUCUCGGUUGCAUAGAUUGGAGGAAUUGAAAAUGCUGGGAGCAAGAAAAAUAAAAUGGAGGAUGAACAGUGAUGAUGAUGAUCAAGAUGGAAAAAGGGAUGGGUAUACCAUUAUUUUUCUUGAUGUGGAAGAGUUGUCCUACAUAACCAAUUUAACAUCUCUUUCCAUUGGGUUCGAAGAUAUCAUUAUUUCUGAUUGGUUCAAACCUUUGGCCAAAAAGAUUAAGGAAUUGGAGCUGAAACGUUGCAUAUUUGUAAAACAAGCAGCUCUAAAAGCUCUCAAUCAUGAAUCCCAAAAUCUACGGGACUUGAGAAUCAAGGAUUGCCAGGGUAUGACAUGCAUGCGUAUUGGUGAUGUAAUAACUGUAUUAGAAAACUGUAAAGAUUUGGAGGAGGUAGUGUUUGAUAAUGGAUCAAACCGUAGCAAAGAUUUGGAGGUAGAUUUUAAUGGGUAUGAGUCCUACCACCGGAUCAGGAGUUUAAAACUAAGAAGAUUGCCGAGAUUGAAAAGGAUAUGCUUUAGUCAACUAACUCAUAUAUUAAUAGAUCGAUGCAAUAGUUUGAAGAUUGUCUUCACCAAGGGAAUGCUACGCUUGUUAAACAACUUGGAUAGACUUGCAGUUAGCAAUUGUGAGAGAAUAGAAGAAAUAAUUGAAGAGGCUGGCGAGGAGGAGGAGUACUUGGAAGGGAGGAAUUCUUCCCCUUCUAAUUCUAAUAGAGUCAUCACCAUCUCACCCUUCCCAAGACUGUUGACUUUAUAUCUAGGAGACCUUCCAGCUCUACAUCACGUGUGCAACAACCACAUCUUGAAUUGCCCCCUUAUAGGAUCCGUGACGGUGCUAAACUGUCCCAGGUUAAAUAAGGAUCUUAUCAACAUUCGAAACCUGAACGGUUUACUUGUCUUGGACGAGGAGAACAGCAUUGGGGAACGUUGGUGGAUUAAAGGCGAUAAAGUAGUCACGGGAGAGGAAAUCCAAGCGUAG